AUGCUUCGAGGAGGAGGAGGUAACUACAACCCCAACGGAGGAAGAGGAGAGCGUGGACGAGGUACAUUCCGCGGUGGAAGAGGUGGACAACACUCCAACAACGGAGGCGAAGGUCGAGGAGCAUUCAAUGACAACCACGACUACAAUGGCAAUGGCAAUGGAAAUCCCAUAAGCAUCAACACCAACCAUCUCGGAGCCAUUAUAAACGGUUGGCCAGGAGGGUCAGGAGGCAACAACAAUCACAAUCACAAUCACAAUAGCUAUAACAAUAUCAACGGUGGAAACGGUGGUGGCCGUGGUCGAGGUCGCGGUGGACGCGGUGGUCGUGGCGACUUUAACGGAGGUGGACGCGGUGGUGGUGGUGAUUUCCAUGGAGGUGGACACGGUGGGGGUGGUGUAAGAGGAGGAGGAGGAGGAGGAGGAGGAGGAGGAGGUGGUGGUGGUCUUGUCCAAGGCUUGGGAGCACGAACCAACAUGAAUAUGAAGCACGGCAACAACAAUGGCCGAGGAGGCGGUAGAGGAAGUGGCAGUGGCCUAGGAAAUAAUUUCAAUAACAACCGGCAAGGGAACGGUCAGGGUCAGCGCCGCAACGGUGCCAUCGUCUAUAUCAGAGUCCAGACCAAUGGGAACGGUGCACAAGAUGUGAUCAACGACCCAGGCCUGUCUGCGUUUCUUUGUCAGCAAGCCCAACCAACCUUAGUCAACCUGACCAACCCAAUGUUCAGAAACGACACCGUUUCAUACCAUGUCGGGGACCUUGACCAGGCCAGGGCGCUUCGCAAUCUCUCGGGUAUUCGCUUCAAAACACACAAGCUUGUGAUCACGACCUCGGCAGGCGCAGCUUUGGAUGGACAAGGCGGAGAUCGCCAGGACAGGACUCAGUACAACAAUGCUACCAUUGAAACUGUGCGCGCAUACAUCCAUUCGUGUCACCAUAAUGGCUUUUUGAAUAUGGAGAGAAUGGCGGCGGACCCCAUCCUUCGUAACAACAUUUCCUCGUUCGACGAGCUUUGGCACAUCUGCGGAGAUGGUAAACUCCCGUUCUUGAAAGAACUCAUCCUCGAGGACAAUCCCGUGCGGGACAAAGAUGUCCAAGCCCAUAGUAACGAUACCGAUUACAGAAGCAAAGUGGCAGAGCUGGCCAAGUCAAUCACUCGACUGGACAACCUAAAUGUUUUCAGGAUCUCGUUCGGUGUGAACCUGGGUAAUAUUCCAUUGGGCAAGGUUGCGCUCCCAGUGCCUAUCCGUGGCAACUAUUUCGGCGAACCGGAUACACGCGCAACAGUCCUUGAGUUCCUUACAAGUUACUUUGGGCUAUUUGACUCGGAGGAGCGCGUGAAUCUGGGAUAUGUUUACAAACCCGAUGCGAUUUUUUCGUGUACGGUGGCCUUGCCGGAGGAGUUAUCGAACCAACUAUUGCAACAAUCGAGCGGCGGUCAACGGAACCAAAUUGAUACAGCUCUGCAAUGGUCCGUCUGGUCAGAAUACCUUUCUCACUCUCGCAACUUUAAAACCCUCAAGGAAACUUCAUCGCGGGAAUCAAGGCUGUUUAUGGGCAACGAGGCGAUCAUUCUUCAAGCUCUGAUAAAAUUCCCCAAGACCAUUCAUGAUUUGUCGGACGACAGCAAGAUAUGUGUCGAUGCAUGGCAGACACGAGGGCUCCUUCCUACGGAAACCUGUAUCUUUGCGUCUGUGCACGGCGAGUUCGAAGAAUAUAGACCUGGUCCUUCCCCGAACUCUACCCGCAAGUCGUUCGACCGGACUUUUAUCCUUACCCCAGCCCCAGCCGACUCUUUUGCAGCUCAGAAUGGGUGGAAGUGUGUGAUCGUGUCGGAUCAGUUGAUGGUCCGGGAGUAUAGUGGCUACGAGGCUUGGAAGCCAGAACCAGGGGUAAACGUUGCCCCUGGACUGAGAGUUACCAACAACCAGGCUCCUUCCCCUACUGCCCUCAACCACCCCGACGGCUUGGUAAUUAUCAUCAUCAUCUUGCAGUCUGGCAUGUCCAUGACCUUCCUCGCGUUGUCGGCGGAGCAGCAUGCGGCGGCUGACGAGUUGAUGCGGGUUUCGGGGCUUGUUUACCAGUAUGCGGUUCAGGCUUUGAUGUCAAAUGGAUGGGAUCUGAAUCGGGCUAUUGCAGCCGUCCAAGCAUCCCGCGACGCGCUCCCUCCUCACGUCUGGCACCUUGGAUAG